AUGCGACAUCUCCUCACAUUCCUCUGUGUCUUCGGCGCAGCCUAUGCUGAGGUUCUCAAACCAAUUGCCGGCGGGUCUGUCCCGACUGACAGCUGUCUCUUCCACGGCGGCGAUCCCACCAAGGUAUCCGUCGCCAAGCCUCCGCACCAGGACUGGCAGACCAGCCCGCUGCAGCAGGCCUACAAGGGGUUUGACGGCAAUGGUAAUAUCCAGACGAGUCGCUUCGGCAAGGAAUACAAGGGCGGCUGGUGUGGGCUGCAUGUUCGCGCGUACAAGCCCGAUCUCGAUUGGAACUUCAACCCCGGCAAGCACUACAGUCUCGAGCUCACUGUCAAGGAUGCAGAGCAAAAUGAUGUCCCCGUUCAGGGCUUGCUGCCCUAUAUCGUUCACGCUACUGCUCCCAAGGAUGAUGAAGACCAUGUGUAUUUCAACUAUGCGGGCGAUAGCUGGCAUACGCGGGAUGGCAAGAACUGUAAGGGGAGCUGUGGUCCGUAUGAUCGGGACUUGUAUAUGGAUUGCGACUGUGGGUUCUCGUGCUGA